AUGUCCGCCCCCACCCAAUACGACACCAUAAUCAUCGGCUCCGGGCAAGGCGGCACGCCUCUCGCCCGGGCCCUUGCGCUCGCAAACCACAAAACCGCACUCAUUGAGCGAGAACAUAUUGGCGGAUGCUGCGUGAAUGAUGGGUGCACGCCGACCAAGACGAUGAUUGCGUCGGGGAGGGUCGCGUAUCUUGCUCGGAGGGGUGGGGAAUAUGGUGUUCAUACACCGAAUACAUCUGGUUUUAAAGAGGGGGAUAAUGGUAAUAAAGUGGUGAUUGACAUGAAGAAGAUCAGGCAGCGCAAGAGGGAUAUUGUGGAUUCGUUCCGGGCAGGAGGUGAGAAGAGACUUCGGGAUGCGGGGGUAGAUGUCAUUAUCGGAGAGGCAAGUUUUGUGGAUGCGAAGACGAUAGUUAUUAUGGACGGGAGCAAUGGGAAUGAGAGGGUUGUCAGGGGGGGCAGAAUUGUGAUCAAUACGGGCUGUCGGCCUGGUAAGGUUAUGCUUGAGGGACUGGAAAAGGUUCCGAGUGAAAAGGUGCUGGACUCUACGUCUAUUAUGGAGCUGGGAGAGGUGCCGCGGCAUUUGGUGGUCGUUGGGGGUGGGUAUAUAGGGGUGGAGUUCGGACAGCUAUUUAGGAGGCUUGGGGCUAAGGUGACGGUGCUGCAGAGAGGAGAGCAGUUGCUUCCCAGAGAGGACAGGGAGUUGGCAGACAUGUUGCUGGAGAUAUUCCGGAACGAUGGAAUCGAGGUCUGCCUGGAGACCACCCCGGUGCGGUUUGAGAAUGUCUCUGAGGGUGUGUUUGAUGUCGCAGUCGAGACACGGCAGGGGAGGGAAGUCGUCAAAGAAGCCACGCAUAUACUCUUUGCAAGUGGGAGGGUACCAAAUACCGAGCGACUGAAUGCUGCUGCUGCAGGCGUAAAGAUGGAUAAGAGAGGUUAUGUCGUGACAAAUGAGUUUUUGGAAACAUCUGCGCCGUCAAUCUAUGCCAUUGGAGACGUCAAGGGCCCGCCAUCCUUCACGCAUAUCUCAUACGACGAUUUCCGAGUACUCGGGCCCACAUUGUUGGAGUCUACAUCUACAUGUGAGCGGCUCUCGAUUCGAGAUCGAAUCGUCCCGUAUGUCGCCUAUACGGACCCUCAGUUCGGUCAUGUCGGGCUGCAUGAGCAGGAGGCAAGGGAAAGGUGGCCGGGCCGGAAGGUUCUGACUGCGCAGAUGCCAAUGAGCUAUGUGGCCAGGGCGUUGGAAACGGAUGAGACAAGAGGUGCCAUGAAGGCUGUGAUUGACGGGGAGACUGGACAGAUCUUGGGAUUUUCAUGCUUAGGCGUUGAGGGCGGCGAAAUAAUGAGUGUUGUGCAGACGGCCAUGAUGGGGAAUCUACCUUAUAAAAAACUGCAAGAUGCCGUGUUUGCCCAUCCAACUUUUGCGGAAAGCUUGAAUAACCUGUGGGGAUUCCUGAAAUGA